GCUUAUCAGGCUCUCCGGCUGUAGGCGUGUGAUCAGUGCAAUUUCCCAGCGCAGCCAACAGGUUGCACUAAUGCUGUAAUGUUGUGUUGUGCUGAAAAGUACAGUACAGCAAGUCAGGAAACCCCGAACUUUUUCAACUUCGGCAUGCCAAGGACCUCCAUUACCGCCUCUGAAAUGCAUUAGAUUAACAACAUCAGUUUGAGAAGAGUGCAGUAUUGAUUGCACAACAGAGCCGUCUAUGGUGUACUGUGGGUGGGGGAAAGUCAAACCUAUGAACAACAGAGAAAAAUCAUUCUAAUUUUCCAACCAGGGAGUGAGAUAAAGGUGAAAGCAUGUUUCAUUUCUGAAGAGUAAACAAGACCCCACAAGUCAUUGGACCUCACUUUGAGCAGCACAGUGCAGCAGUGGAGGCGCAAAGGAAGUGCUGUAAACUGCUGUCCAUAUAGCACCAUACAUCUUAUGUAUUGAGUAAUGUAUUGUAGGCACAAUGUGCCGUCCCCUGCUUCAAUUUAAAGCUAAAAACAUAGAGCCGAUCGGGCCACUUGCAUUGAUCAGAAACUUAUCCCGUCGCCAUGAACUGCAACGCGUUAUUUUACGGUAACAGCAGAUGAAGUUCAACAUGCUCUGAGUGACAAGUGUGUGUGAGUUUGUGUAAUGUAUAGCAAUGACUUUGAAACAGCAAAAGUGUCGCAAGUUACAGCUUGCAUUUCUGCCCCUCCAGAUAUGGCAAUAUCGUUGUUAAUGAUCAACAGAUACAUGAGUGAGCUGCAGGACUCUUACGUGCAGAAAGGAUAAAAAAAUGGAUCAGGGUGGACUGAAGCGCAACGGUAAUCGAGACGACAGCCUGACAUUUGGGGAGACAGGAGCCGGAGUAUGCAGAGAUACAGGUGACACAGCUGGUUCACUGCUCCAGUCUGCGAUGCACCUGCCCAGCCCUGGGUCUCUGCCCACAGUGUCCCCAAAUGGACGGGGUGGAACCAAAGACCAGGGGCAGCUUGGAGGCCUCUUUGAGUCCCCUCAGCAUCAUGUCCUGUGCGAAGGGUCAGACAUGAAGGAGAGUAAACUCAUCAGAAUGCAGAAACCACAACAACAACAGCAGGAUAUUGGUGUAUUCAGCAUGGAGGGGGACUUGCCGUUGUUGAACCAGAAUAUUUCCGAUUUAGAUAGGACGUCCACCUCUGUCAUCAAUACCUCGGACACCUCCAUCCUGGGCAACCUCCCUCUGCCCGACCUUUUUUCCCAGCACAUCAAGCAGGAGGGGAAUUUUCCUCUGGAUAAGGACUUAGGAACUUACAGCGGACACACAGGUGCUGGUGCGUGUGAUUUGGAUAGCAGUCGCCUAAUGGAGGACAGCGAGAUUUGGCAAGACCUGGACCUUCCAAGUUCGCUGCCAGAAAUCAGUGAUUUUGAGUUGGAUUCAGAAGUAGCACACUUGGAUAACAUCCUACAUGACAGCAGCGUCAGUGGCGUUCCUGUCAGCGGCUUGCUAAAGGAAACAAAGUCUCUCAUGGGUAACGAAGGAAACUGUACCAAUGUGAACGGCACAGACAAGCAGCACCACCCCAUACACCAUCAUCAUCACCAGCAGCAUCAGCAGCAUCACCUCUUACAGCACCAGCAACAGCAGCUUCACCAUCAACAUCAGCAGCCCCCAUCACUUCUCUCCAGUGUUAUGAUCAAGGAGGAGAAGGAUCCUGACAACUCUUUCAUUCACAUCCGCACUCCCGGUGUGGUCAAACAGGAGAAGCAAGAAAGCACUGGUUUCUGCCAGUCGCAGUGUCUCCAGAGCAGCAUUAGCUCUCUCCAUGGGGGAGGCCCCAUGCCCUCACCUAUGGCCAUUGGCGCAGGAGCUGGCUACCACUACAGAGCCAACCCACCCUCCACAGUGGGCCUACAAGACCAGAAGCCUUUUGGCAUAUACUCAAACCUGCCUCCGGUGGGGGAGAGCUGGGUCAGUAGGAACAGGUAUGGAGAGGCUCCUGGGAUACAGAGGGGCGACGAUGGGCUCCCCUCCGCCGCAGCCCUGGCAAGUUUCUCUGUCAACUUCUCCAGCGCGUCACCCAGAACAGGAGAGACCAGCAGUUCUGUGGUGCCGGGCCAAUCCAAGCCCGGCGGGCAGACACAUAAGAUAUGUUUGGUGUGUUCAGACGAGGCCUCGGGAUGCCACUACGGGGUUGUAACCUGCGGCAGCUGCAAGGUUUUCUUCAAGAGGGCCGUCGAAGGAUGGAGAGCACGACAAAACACAGAUGGCCAGCACAACUACCUGUGUGCAGGGAGAAAUGACUGCAUCAUUGAUAAGAUCCGCAGGAAGAACUGUCCAGCCUGCCGCUUCAGGAAAUGUCUUCAAGCCGGGAUGAACUUGGAAGCGCGGAAAAACAAGAAGCUAAUCAAGAUGAAAGUGCAGCGGCCCCCUGGAUCAUCAGAGCCCAUCAACAACAUGCCCGUGCCAGUCAUCCCCAGGUGCAUGCCCCAACUCGUACCCACCAUGCUGUCUGUGCUCAAGGCCAUCGAGCCGGAGAUCAUCUACUCAGGCUAUGACAGCACACUGCCUGACACGUCCUCGCGGCUCAUGACCACUCUCAACAGGCUGGGCGGACAGCAGGUCAUCUCUGCAGUCAAGUGGGCCAAGUCUCUGCCAGGCUUCCGUAACCUGCACCUGGAUGACCAGAUGACAUUACUGCAGUGCUCCUGGCUCUUCCUCAUGUCCUUCAGUCUGGGUUGGAGGUCGUAUGAGCAGUGUAACGGUACCAUGCUCUGCUUCGCCCCUGAUCUCGUCAUUAACAAAGAGCGUAUGAAGCUGCCCUUCAUGACCGACCAGUGCGAGCAGAUGCUGAAGAUCUGUGAUGAGUUUGUCAGACUGGAGGUGUCCUAUGAAGAGUACCUGUGCAUGAAGGUCCUGUUACUGCUCAGCACAGUACCAAAAGACGGCCUGAAGAGCCAGGCGGUGUUCGACGAGAUCAGGAUGACAUAUAUCAAGGAGCUGGGAAAAGCCAUUGUCAAGAGAGAGGAAAACGCCAGUCAGAACUGGCAGCGUUUCUACCAGCUGACUAAGCUACUGGACUCCAUGCAGGAGAUGGUCGACGGUCUUCUCCAGAUCUGUUUCUACACCUUUGUGAAUAAAACCCUCAGUGUGGAAUUCCCGGAGAUGCUGGCGGAGAUCAUCUCUAACCAGAUACCAAAAUUGAAAGACGGGAGCGUCCAGCCUCUGCUGUUUCAUCAGAAAUGACUGCCUUAAUCUGUGAAGCAAUGCCUUAAAUCCUGCCCUGCCCGUGUACCUCUCUGGGCCCCCAAGCCUGGGCUCGUCCUGCCUCCCCCAUCGCUCUGAUUGGAUUCCUCAGCUUUUCCGAGCCCCCUCUAGGAAAUCUGCCAUGCCCCUCCAGGCCUCUGCCAUUCAGCCGCAUCUUGGAGCACAAUACCUGUGGCCCCACGCCUCCUAAUCCGGUCCCAGGUUUGGCCAAACUACAGUAGGAAACCCUACCGCCGACCUGUAGCCCUUCCUCUUGGCAAGCCGAGAAGAAUUUGGCCUCCAGGGGAAAUAUGUUGGCUCAGGAUGUCUCAUGGCAGCAUGCAUUUUGGGCAAUCGUCAGCCCCCCUCUCCUCCGUCCAUGGCCCUGUCCUCAGAUUUCUAAUGCUUUUUUCUUCUGGUGGCCGCCUGCCUCUAACUCUCUCCUGCCUCCAGUGUUUUACUGCUGUUUUCACUGACAAGCCAACACCUCGAAACACCUUUUCCUCCCUCAACAUGACACCUAACAUACUCUCCAAGUUGCCGGAUUAGAAGCGUGCCCGAAGUUCAGGCCUACAGUUCCUCUGUUCACCUGCCCAGCUUGUCUCCAUUUGCCCUUCCCAGCUCCACUGCGCAGAGAAUGUAGUGAGUGUUCACUUGUUCUGGUUUCCAGAGGACUGUUGGCGAUAAAGGGGAUAAACAAAAACAGAAAAAUCAUAAACAUACUCAUUACAUGAGAGAAUUUUUUUUUUUUUGUUCUGGACCUGAGGACAUUGAGGAUGAACUGUUGUCAUCUGUGAAUCAGUUAUCUUUCCUGAAAUGAUACAAAUCAGAUUUAUAUACCUGACCAAUGAAAGAAAAAAAAAAAAAGAAAAAAAAAAUAGCUACAGUAGAGGAAUAUUCUGUUUAUUUUAUGCGGACAUGCAGUUUUGACCACACAUGGAAAAGUCACGAUUUUAAAAGUCACAGUUACACACACAAACAUACAAUGUAUUCGCAGACACACAACCACUCAGUUAAAUGUUUACACAGGAUGUAUCUGAGAAGGGAAAACCAGUGCCUUUUAGCUUUUGAAGCUCUUCAUAGCCAUCCUCUCUAAACUGUUAUGUUCUUUUGCAUAAGAAUCUAACCUUGACAUCCCUCCACAUAUUUUGUCUGUUUUAGUUUUUCCAUGCUGGCAAUUUCUGUUUUCUUUCCAAGCUGCCAUGUUGGUGUUUUUUAUGCGAGCAGCUCUUCUAUCGGUUCUGAUCCCCAGACGUGAACGUAUGGAAGACAGCCUAUGGUACAGAUUCGAACUGUGUAGAGCAGUAUGAAAUAUGAAGAUCUUCAUUUUUAGGUCUUGGAAAGUUUAAGAAUCACACAAAAAGUCAGCAAAGUGCUGAUUAAGUCCCAAAACACAUGUCCUGUGUUUGUCACUUUUCUCCAUGUAAAGUAUAUUUAAAAAAAAUACAGCAUCUCCCUAUCAGUCACACUAUCACAUUGUAUUGAAAGUUACAGUGCCCAAAUUAUAUAACCAAAUAUAAUGUUCAAAACGCAUCGAAAUACUACCAGUUUUGUGUUGAAUUGGAUUUAAACAAGGCAUGUCUGGUGUGUUGUAAUAUUUAAAGGCAGACUGACUGACUUAACAUUUGGGUUUAGAUCUUAUAAGAAGUGAUUUGUCAAUGAAAUUUGUUUGUGGACCUGCAAUUUCCACAGAUGCAGUCGCACAAUGGGGUUUUUCAGAACUAAACUGCAUUUGAAAAACACAUCCAAGGUGUCAAAAGGGCUGUGUGUUGGUGAACAGCCGUAAUGAUUCAAGCAAACCUGGCUUGAUGUCAGAACCGUCCUUUCUUUGCCAGCUGCAUUCAUUCGGAGGCUCUAGUUUAGUAACUGGUUUCAUGCAACUUUAUUUUUAAAAUGUGGUUUCAUGGAGCUCCACCAGGAGCGUGACACACCUGGCCAGACAGCCUGUUCCCCCUCUCAGAAAUCACAGCAAAGUCAAAUAGGAAUGGAAAUAACUCCUUCCAUAAUACCGGACUGGUUGGCUUUUCAAGAAAAGGUACCACAUGCACAGUCAGUGCUAGACAACUCUUAAUAAAAAAAAAGUAUUUGGAGGUUUAACUGACUCCAUCUGAAUUCUCUGGACAUAAGUAACUUUACCAUGUAGUACCCCUGAUUUGUGGCAUAAGCAUUGUGUUUCUCUUAUUAAAUAUACCCUUUAAUCAGCUUCAUCUCAAAGUAUUUGCACAAACAGAACAGGAACUGAGGAAAAGAAAAGACUAAUUAAAAAAACAAAACAAACAUUUUGUUUAUGAGAUGUGAAAAUAUGUGAGAAUACUCAAAAAUCUCAAAAGUACUUUGAGAUUGAACCUCUGUUCUGAGCACAUGAUUUCACCUCUAAAGUUUAAAUAUUUUUUGGAAGAAGGUGCAGUUUGGUCCAAAUAAUUUGUGAAUCAAAGCUCAGGCUAUGAGUGACUACAUCACUUGGAUGUGUUCCACUAGUGCCAAAUGUAAUAGCAAGUUUAUAUGUCUUUUUUUUUUUUUCUUGGAGAUUGUGAAAGAGUGAUUCUGUUGUGAUUCGACAUUAUGUGGUUGUUGUAACUUUGCUUCAGGGUGCUCAUUUAUGAGAAAGAUCUGAGUUCUUGUGUCACACCUACACCAGCUUAAAAGUACUGAUUGUUAUCAUCCGAGUUAUAAGUGUAUGAUAGCCUUUAUUUUGAGAUGCACAAAAUAUUGUAUUUUUGAAAUUGCAAAGGAGGCUGUAAUUUCUACUGCUGUCAAACAGGUGGAGUCAACAUUUGGUACAUUUGUAAUGUGAAAACAUGUUUGUACCAGCUUAUAUGAUGGCCAAAGCAAAACACAUCAGCAGUGCAGUUUGUAUAUUGGCUUCUGCUGGAAGCGCAAACACAAUAACCCCCCCCCCCACCCCACCCCA